UUUUAAAUGAACUGCUGGAAGUCACGGGGAGCCAUGUGUAUCAAUUCAGUGUGUUAAAUCUUAGCCAUUAGACAGAUUCAAAUUCUGCAUGAGUUAACUUCAGUAGAGGUUAAAAUAAUGAAUGGAUUUUUUUAUCAUCUGAAGCUGUAGUCCACCUCUUCCACUCUAUGGAGAUGUCAUUCCUUUUAAAAAACCCCGGCUUUUCCUUCUGAAUAUGUCCCUAAAAAAAAGUUGUUCUGAUAAUGCUGAGUUAAUUCAAGGUUGCCAGCAUUUCAGCUUGACAGUUUCAGUGGGGCAUAUAAAUCUCUAAACAGCAGAGGAAUAAAUAGAAGUCUUGGGUUAGUUUAGUUCUUGGAUCGGCAUAAUUUCGUUUUUCUAAAAUUCUGUUGAUGAAAUUUUAAAACACUUCAAAAAUACCUGCUGUUGGUUAUGCUACUGUUCCUUUGUUUAAAGUAAUGCAUGGGGAGCUGGUUUGCCAUCUCUGACAAUACACUACAAUUUUGGAAAGAAUCCCAUGCAGAAAGACUGUUACUCAUGAAAUUUAUGUUCUCUAAACUCUGAAUGUUAUUUGCAAGUUUAUUUUAUUGCUAGCCUAUUUCUAAGUAGUUUGGCUACAGUGUUUUCCUGCCUAAGAUACAAGUGAAAAUUCUAAGCAUGUGCCUAUUUUUAUUUUUUGCUUUAUAUUUUAUUUGCUAAUACACCACUUUAAACUUUUAGUUCCUUCAGUGUUUGCAGUACAACUUUGAUUUUUAAAAAAAUCUACAAAUGUAAUAAAAAAAUCAGGUAUAAACAAAGGAGGUCUUAGUUCUUGUUUUCUGUUCCAUGGAAGAUUGUAGGUAACACUUCAUGUAUGAUAAAUCACCUCUCUCCAUCUGUUUUUUUUUUUUUUUACAUAGGUGAAGAUGUCAAACCAUUUACUCCUGAGAAAACCAAGGAAAUUGUGAUGUCUCUACAGCAACCUGCAGUCUUCUGUAACAUGGUUGGCAACUGGCCAGCCCUGCACUGGAAUGUGAAUUACCUUUCUGCCGUGUUGGAGGGAAAGACAAUCCAGUUUAGGCUGGGUCUGAAGACAGUGGAUUUAGUUCCCCAGUUUGAAACCAGUUGCAGCUACGUGGAAGCUACACUUGAGGAGUUUUUGGCUUGGAGUUGUGGGCAGCCUUCUUGUCUCUCUGGACCAUUCAGUUGUUACGAUUACUCUAAAUACUGGGCUUAUGCUGACUACAAGUACAUUGCUAGGAUAUUUGAAGACAAGCCAGAAAUUUUCCAGGAUGUUAGGUGGUCUGACUUUGGUUUUCCUGGAAGAAGUGGAAAAGAGAGCACACUGUGGAUUGGUUCUGAAGGAGCAAACACCCCCUGCCAUUUGGACUCCUACGGCUGCAACUUAGUGUUGCAAGUACAAGGAAGGAAGAGAUGGCACCUCUUCCCACCUGGUGACACCAGUUUCCUUUAUCCUACUAGGAUCCCUUAUGAGGAAUCCAGCAUAUUCAGCAAAGUCAACAUUGCCAACCCUGAUCUGAAACGCUUUCCUGACUUUAGGAACUCAACAGCUCAUGUUGUUACACUCAGUCCAGGACAGGUCCUGCUCGUUCCAAGGCACUGGUGGCACUAUGUGGAAUCCAUUGAUCCUGUCACUGUCAGCAUAAACUCUUGGAUUGAACUGGAUGCAGAUCAUGAAGCCCGUGUAGAAGAGGCAAUAACUCGAAUGCUGGUAUGCGCCAUAAAAUCAGCAGAAAAUCCCAGUGAUGGAGAUCUCUGGCUAAAUCCCACGGAGGUUGAGGCAACAUCCCAUGAAAUCAAUCUUCAGUACCUGAAUAAAGCUGUGUCUGCAUACCUCAAGUGUCAGGAGGCCAGUGUGUCAGGACAGGCACGUUCCAGCAGUGCUGGUGCAAAGCAAAGGACAAACGCCUCAUGCAAGAGGAAGAGAAGGGAAGCUGGCUGUGAACCAGGGAGCUGCACAUUACUAGCCCAGGAAUGUGACUUUCCAACACCCAAAGCAGAAGAGCUGCAGAAAAUACCUUUUGGGCCUCAUCUUAUUCAGGUUUUACCACAGUCUCACAAAACAAGUGUGAUGGGUGCAGUUGCUGUUGAAAGUGACAGUGGAGAUCUCCAUGAAAAUGAAGGAGAACAUUUUGGAAAAUUAAACUGCAAGAGGGACAGAUUGCUAAUGAGUAAUGACUGUGAGACAGCUGCUCCUCAAAUGGAUUCAGACUGUGGUCCAUGCACCUCACAAACAGCUCUUUCUACCAAUGACUUGUUAGACUGUCUGGUUAAUCCUCGUGUCAUCAGUUUAGUGGCUCAGCUGCUGUUGGAGAGAAAGAGAGUGUGAUGCUGGAGUGUUUUAUCGUUUCUGAAACAGAAAUCAAACAGCAGCCUUGUUCUGUGUGUUUAAGAUCUGUAAUAAUUGAAUGUUCCAUUUCAAAUAAUUUUUAGGUACAGAUAGACACAGUUAAUGGUUAAGUGCAGGUUGAAGUUGAGCUGAGAGAAGAAUAGCUGGUUAGUGAUGGCUGGGAAGAGAAAAGAGUGUUUAGUCAGGGAGCUGCUCAGUGUUAUGAAUAAGAGAGCACACACAGUCACAUUCCCACCGUGCUGUGCAGGUGGGAUCUUCACAAUGUUCUUCAGCUCUGAGCUGGAAAACAAGUAUGGCUUGAUAAACAACACAGAGUGCUGGGACAUGGUGACAUAGCAGAGGGGAACCAAGGGUGGGAGCAGAUAGAUUGACUGACUGUAGACCACAUUUAAAGUAAAAUGGUCAAUAAGCAAUCAGUUGAUUACAUUAAAAAUAAUAAAUUCAGGCAAACCUAAACCUCAGCCAAAAGGCAGUGCACUCACUAAUGCAUCUACUUCCUCCCUUCCACUAAUAACUUCAGUUUUGUCACAAAGCUGUAGGUUGGAGUGAGACAAAAGCCCUUAGCAAGAAAGUAGCCUUUAGCUAGUUCAGAAACUCUUGAAGCUGGGAGAUUAAGGGCCAUUGGGAAGUUGCUGUUAUUAUUUAUUUAAAGCCAGAUGUGCACAGUCCUGUAUCUCUAAAAAACAGCAAAAGAGCUCUGACUUUUUACCUCUGUCCUUCUCUUUACCAUAAUAAUCAAAAUGUAUUCUUUUUUUUUCUUUUGGUUAUAAAUGGUUGCUGUACAAGAUCAUCCUUUCUUCAAAGUCCUUGGAUUUGUUUUUGAAGGCUGUGUUGUUCUUUCAUUGAAAAGUUAGGGAACAUGAAAUAUCGGCAAGAAAGUUUUUUAACUCUGAAGGUAUGCAUGGAGGCUUGAACAAAACCUGAGAAGAAAGCUGCUGGCAUCUUCCAGGAUGCUCUCACCUUCUCUGAUUUCUGUUUGUGGAGGCAACAGAGGCAUUUUCCCUAACCACAGUUUCAAGAGACAGCUUCAGGGACAGCUCCUGUGAAACCUUUGCUUUUAAAAUGUCUCUUUGCUUGUGUCUGCUAGAGACCAAGAAACCAGUUUCUAUCAUCAGCCUGUUCCCAUAGCCAUAACCUUGCACCACCAGCCCUCCAGCUGGUAUUUCCUUUGCUUGGCAUGUGUUCCCUGCUAAAUACAUGAAGCUAGUGCUGUUUUCACAAAGAUCACCUUCCACUAAUUUAUAGUUGAAAAAUCCUGAUAGCAAAGGUGCUUUCUCUGCUUUUAUUGAGAUUGCAUGUUGGCAGGGCCCUGAUGAAUUAUGUUAAGGGCUUUAGAUAUGCACCAAUAGAUCAGAAAUUCAGGAAACCUUGCUAUUUCAAAAAUCUCCCCAAAAAUCUAAUACACUUGGAAGAGGAUUAAAUUGAAAAGGCUCAAAGGUUCACGUUUGACAAGCACAGAAACCUCACCCUGAUGGAAACAGCUGUGUGUGUAGUUUGUUGGCUUUGAAGAGUGGCUGUGAGUUAGUAGCAGAGGCCACAUGAGCUUCAUCUCUGACCCACAAGUGUGCAGUUUCCAGUGUCCUGCUCUGCCCUGGUAAUUGGGCUCAGACCCUGAUAACACCUGUGCUUGAUCCUCAAGGGCAAGCUGCAGGCGAGAUACAAUUCUCAGCAACGUGAGAAAAUCCCCUGCUCUUGUUUCAUGUUUCUACACCAAAGGGUCUCAGUGGGGUUGUACCCUUGCAACCAGACCAGAAUUUAAUAAACAAUCCUGUUGAUACA